CAUUGAAAGUCCAGAAACAAGCUAAUUUAGGCCCAGGAUUUGCGUAGCGCAGGGCCAAGCGUGGUCCAGGCCGUUGAGCAAGAAGGAUUUGUCUGAGCGUCUGAGAGCCGAUGCUUCUACACCCAAUCCGGCCUUGGCCUCUUGCUCCUGGUCAUCAUCGAUGACAGUAAUCUCGACCGAACCAGCAAAUGCACUCGGCCCCUGAUGAGGAUUUGAACAGAACACAUGGGUAUAUAAGCUGUAGUCCUUGUUCGUCUAUUCAUGUAUGCUCUAAGACAACGUCUCACAGGCAUUGAAUAACUGGAGGACAACGACAACGCGAGCUCCAGGAUAUCCGCGGCAAACACAAUGAACAGCAACUUUCUCACGAGCACCCUGGGGAGCAUCGCCAGCACUCCCCAUCUCCUCCUGGUCCUCCGAUCCGUUGUCUCAGUGGUGCUCCUUUUCCUCUCAGGCAUCUCCUUCUGCAUCCGCUUCUGGUGCAUCCCCAUGCUGCGGCGGUGCCCCCCGUCCCCGACGCAGGUCUCCCAGUUCAGCGUCAUCAUCGAGCAAGGCCACGCGAUCCUGCUGCGCACCUCCCGCGCCCUCGCCGUCGCGCUGAUGUCCCUGACGCUGCUCACCGCGGCCCACCCGGACCCGGGCGUCGCGGGCCUCUGGAGGUGGCAUGGCUUCUGCGUGGUGAUCCUCGUGGCCAUGGGGGCGUGGGAGAAGCGCGCCUUGUUCCCUGUCAACGAUCGGAUCCUGGCUUUUGAUCACGAUGUUGGGAUCGGCGAGGGGAAGGGGAGGAAAGGUGAUGGGGAGUUCACUGUGGGGGAGAAGGGGGAGCUCAAGGGGCUCUUGGAUAUCUGGGCUGCUAGGCAUCCUUGGAGGAUUGUUGUGCCUCUGACGUGCGGCUUGAUCACUUUUGGGGUGACAGUCUCGCAGACCGCAUGA